UCAAACUCGUUAUAGUCGUCAUGUGCGUCUUUGUCGCUCACAUAAAUGACUGAUAAAUACCUCUUGUUUUACCUUUCCCCAUCAUAAAUUACACAAAAUGAAUGACGAAGCAGAGACGUAUAAGUUAUGGCGAAUCAGGAAAACACUAAUGCAGCUCUGUCAUGACAGAGGCUACCUGGUAACCCAAGAUGAGUUGGAUCAGACGUUGGAUCAAUUUAAAGAACAGUUCGGAGACAAACCUAGUGAGGACAGGCCGGGAAGGAAAGAUUUGACGAUUCUAGUGGCUCACAACGACGACCCCACAGAUCAACUCUUUGUCUUCUACCCAGAGGAACCCAAAGUCGGAAUAAAGACAAUAAAAGCCUACUGCCAAAGGAUGCAAGAAGAAAACAUCAGCCGAGCCAUUAUUAUUGUCCAGAUGGGAAUGACUCCAUCGGCUAAACAAUCUUUGGGUGAUAUGGCUCAGUGUAAAUACGUCCUGGAGCAGUUCCUUGAAGCGGAACUUCUCAUCAACAUCACAGAGCAUGAGUUUGUUCCAGAGCAUGUCGUGAUGACAUCAGAAGAGAAAGCAGAACUACUAUCGAGAUAUAAACUGAAAGAGCAUCAGUUACCCAGAAUCCAGCAGGGAGAUCCAGUUGCAAGAUAUUUUGGAUUGAAACGAGGGCAGGUGGUGAAGAUAAUCAGACCCAGUGAGACAGCAGGAAGAUAUAUUUCUUAUCGUCUUGUUCAAUGAGGAAGAAACCAGCAUCUUCUAUUGCUUAUUCCAAGAGAUUCUUUGGGGGCCAGUCUCUUUUAGCUUGCACACCCAAAUGCUGCUGGCUGCAAGGUUUUGUGAAAAAAAAAGACAUGGAAAACCAGCUGUCUGUGUUUUGUUUUUACCAGGCAUGAUAUUAUUCCUACGUUAGUCUGUGUUCAGGUUUGUUUGCCCUUUGAAAAAUCUGAAAAAUUGUAAUUAAAUGGCCUAAAAGACACGUGAAUCACAUUAUUAUAAAACCAUACACCAUAUGAGAAAGUAGGU